AUGAUGUAUCUUCGAUCCAAGAGACGCAGUGUCAGUCGUGGCAGCUCAUAUAUAUCGGAGCUGUCAGAUAUGGCUUGUCGCGGCAGCACCCACAACCUGCGCCGCAGUAGCCUGUUUGACGAGGACUACGGGCGUGGAAAAUACUUUAAACGAAGCCUGGCUAAAACUCACGGCGGCUUACAGUUAUGGUCAAGGUCUCGUCUGUGGGAUGAGACGCUACGGGACUUUCGCAGCCAGGAUCGCUACUUCUAUGGCGAAGACGAGUAUCCCCCGCUGUUGGACAAGACGGACACGUACGAUGGAUACCUCAGGUCCAAGGGGCUCACUCUGGGAUUGGAGAAAUACGAUGAGGAUGAAUCUGACUACGAUUCUGAGGACGAGGAUGAUCUACCGAUUUGUUCAUCUAUCGGCCAGCGGCGCAGAGAUCCAUAUUGCGCGCCACGCUGCACGCAGGAUCUGGAGCUCUACCGGCCAGCCAAGAAGGAAAAGGAACGCAAGUACAAUUUUAUGACGGACUUUGAUAUUUCCGAAACAGACUUGCCCCCCUCCAGCCAGCUCUACUACAAGCUCUAUGGCUCCAAGUGGAGAUGGCAGCCCGCCGACAAGGACGAGAGCUUUCGCCUGAGACGUGACUACUACGAAGACAACGACGGGCUGCCUUCAUCCUACGACUAUCCCACGUACGGAUCUUCGGAAUAUCGGCUGCGCUAUGAGGAUGGGCUGCCGAAGACGAGCGCCACGCAUGAGAAGCUAUAUGGCCACGGCAGGAACUGGUUCACGCUGCCGUCGGGCCAAUAGCUCGAGCUGGUUAGCUUGGCCCAGCUUGGCAGAUAUCUAUCCACCUAGCUAGUUAGCUAGCUAUCUGCAAGCAAUCAAGCAAGC